AUGCAGGAGAUAAAUAACAUUUGUAGGGCUUUCCUCUGGAGUGGAGACUAUUUCAGUCAUAGGCCUGGAAAUGUUAGCUGGGAACAUGUGUGCACUCCUAAAGGUGAAGGUGGUCUUGGGUUGAGAAGGAUAACUCUGUGGAAUGUAGCUGCACUUGGUAGAUAUGUAUGGGCAAUUGAAGCAAAGAAAGAUAGCUUAUGGCUAAGAUGGAUCAAUGCAGUCUAUAUCAAGGGUGCUGAGUGGUGGUCAUAUGUGCCCACCCAGGAUAGUAGUUGGUACUGGAAGAGAAUCUGUGAAGUAAAGGAACAGAUGAAAAUGAUAUAUACAGCUCAGCAAUUGACUAAUAUGCAGAAGUUCUCAAUUCAAGAGUGCUACAAGAAGCUUACUGGUGAAAAUGAAAAGGUGAACUGGAGUAAAUUUGUUUGGAAUAGAUUAACUCUUCCCAAGCAUAGGUUUAUAUGCUGGCUUGUUAUGAAGGAAAGGCUUAAUAUAGCCCUGAGAUUAAGAAACAUGGGAAUUAUAGAUGAUCCCUUAUGCAGAUUAUGUGGUACUGAGGAUGAAACUCAUUUACAUAUCUUCUUUAACUGCCCUUUCAGUCUAGAGGUGUGCAAGUCAAUCUCUAAGUGGAUGCAGUUUGAAUUAUUUGGAGACAGCAUUGACAGCAGCUGUAGGAAAGUGCUUACUAGCAGAAGGUCAAGGUUCCAGAAGCAAAGCCUAUUAGCAGUGCUGGGGGCUGCUAUCUAUUUCAUAUGGCUUGCAAGGAAUGAUGCAGUUUGGAACAGUAAAAUUGAUAUCAUCAGGUAUCAUGUUCAUAGAAUUCAGAAAGUUUGUAUAGAUAGAAUCUAUAGUGUAAUCCCAUAUAAGAUUACAAAUAGAGAUAAAAGUUGGUUAAGAGAUAGAGCUAACUCAAUGAUGAUUUGUAAUUAG